CCCUCCCUCUCUCUACCUUGCUGCUGGCCCGCGUGUGUCUGUCGCGUUGGUUUGACGGACGGCUGCAGCUUCCAGUAGCGGGCGCAGGCUGUUCUCCCGCUUCUUCGGAGGUACUGAAGACGUCUCACAGCGCCCGCUAGCUCGUUGCCGAGGAUGAGACCAACGGCGGAGAGCGAGAUGCACCCAGCAGUGGAGGAAGUGAAGAUUGAGCCAUACGAGUUCUUCAUCGAUGUGGGCAGCCUGGUGCUUGAAGGUCGGGUUCCAUCCCGCUCAGGCAAGGGCUACACUGAGGGCCUUCACUGUCCACCCACCACUUCGGGACAGGCACGCCAUCAGUGUGACCCCACAUCCGUUGUUGAGUGCCAGCGGUAUGAGGUUGCCCUGAAGCACAUGCUGAUGCUCUGGAGGAACAGCAUCCCAAUGUCUGUGGAAGUCCUGCUGUCGCCGGACUGCACCCACUGCAGCAGCAUGGACCACACAGGUGGCAUCGACAUCUCCUCAGCGCCGGAUACGUCCCAUCUUCUCCUGGAGCAGUGGUACAUCCAGAUGCUACCCAGACGGAUCCAAGAAGCGACAGCUGCACCCCGAAGCCUAAUCCAGGCAAUGCGGUCCUACCUCCACUUUUCACAAAUCAGUGCCUGGUACAGUCUGUCUGGUGGAAGGAAUCCUCGGAGAAUCUACUACAGGAUCUCUGUGCCAGGCGAGGCAUUCUCCAGCAAGUUCCUCUGCAGUCCUCACGUCCACAAUUUCCCUGUGUCAAACCUUGGGCGCAAUGCUUCCAUCAAGGUCUCUGUCAAGUCUGUGCCCAGGUGUCCAUAUGGAAGCAAUCGGUGGCUCAUCAGCCUGUGCGACGAGUACAGCAGUUCUUGCGGGACAAUUCGUUAUGCGUCUUGCCGGCGCACAAAGAGGGAGGCUUUGUCGUUCUCACAGAGGGUGAGUUCAAACCUAAGGCUGUUGAAGCAGUUACGUCUGUAA